GGCUAUGAAACGCGCGUCAAAGUUACUACGGGGGGGUCGUGCGUGUGUCCAAUGUUGUCAUUGCCGAGGCGAACAGCUGAUCCGCUCCCCUGGCCUCCGUAAUGCUUGGCAACGUUUUCUCGGUUGGUUCUCGGCCUCUUGCCGUGACGAUGAGCAAUCAAAGUCGACGGUGAACAACAUAUUUCGACGAUGCGUCGUUCACGAACAGUUAAAGGAGUUCUUACUUUUUGAUCGCUACCAUUUCGCGUAUAUCUCCCUUCUCGCUCUCCUUCCUUCUCUUUACCUCUCUAUCACCGCGCGCUCUUGCUCUCUCUCUGUCUCUAUCUCGGCCUCUUUUUCUCCUUCUCGUUUACCGUCUCUAUUUCUCUGAUCGACCAACCAACAACCAGCCAACUCCAUCCUUUGUUCUUCUUUCUUUCUGUACCUUGGUUCGUUCCCUUUCAAUUUCUACGUCUUCGUUUUCGUCUUCGUCGAGCCCGUUGUCACCCUCGUCAUCGUCGUCAUCGCAAUCGCUCAUCUAAACGAUAACAGUACAUAUCUACAUUCGUGUAAUGUUUUGUUCCCACAUUUCGCGCAUUGUCUUUCUCGUUUGUUCCAUCGUCGUCGUCGUCGUCGUCGUCGUCGUCGUCGUCGUCGUCGUCGUCGUCGUCGUCGUCGUCGUCGUCGUCGUCGUCGUCGUCGUCGUCGUCGUCGUCGUCGUCGUCGUCGCCGUCGCCGUCAUCGUCGUCGUCGUCGCCGUCGUCAUUAUCGUCGUCGUCGUCGUCGUCGUCGUUAUCUUCGUUGUCGAAUAUUCAAUCUGGACAUUAAUCUCUCAAACUGUGCUGUUCUGCCAGUUGUGGGUUACUUCGAUCCAUCUUCGAUGGAUGUAUCCUAUGCAAACUCGAAGAGUAUCGUCGUUGUCAACGACGAGGUUCGUACCUCGCUACCUCUUCUUUUUUCCUCACUCACAUCGUAGCUCUCUUACUCAUUCGACGAUCGUUACACGCUAUUAGAAUAUGAAUGAGCGUUGUCCUCGCCAGAUAAACAAUCGAACAAUUGUCACGAAAAAUCGUCUCUUUAUUUUCGAAUCCGUUUUCUGUCUCUUCGCGUCUUUGUCUUUACCUACCUCCCCACUCCACCUUCCCAGCUGCCCUCCCCUCUCUCCUCUCUUACCACCCCUCCUAUCCGUCUGUGCAGCGUCUCAUUUGUGUGGGUGCCUUUUACGCUCACGGAUCCUUGUUCCGCGUCGAAGUGCCGUGGAUGAACGGAUCCGUGCAUCCAUCCACAUCGUCUUCGUCGUUCCCUUUGUCACCGUACGUUUGUAGCAAAGAAGAACGUGGCUUGUCCGCCACGCGGUGCUAUUCGAUCGUUGCAAGAAGCACGUUGCAACCUUGCAGAUUUGGAGGGAAACUGGCUGACCGUGGUCUAUCUGGCUAGCUAACGUGGUUCGUGUGUAAACAGAAACGGCGCGCGUUGCUGAUCAGAGACUCCAAUUCGGAGAUAUCUGCGACGUUGGCCUGCGUUUCCUCGUGAUCUCAACCACGUUUCUACGCCGAGUCGUUGGUUCUGUGUCUCGUGUUUUCUCCGCUGUGUCCACUUCUAUCCGAAUAUUCUUCUCGUGAUCGAAACUUUGGAAUUGGAGGAAAUCGUCGUGUACGGAUGUAUCAUCGCUUUAAUUAUCCGGAAUAGGGUUGAACACCUGGCCGAUUUCCAUGGCCUUCAAAUAUCUUGCCAGGGUCAAGAUUCUGAAAAAAAGUAAGUCGCGUGGGCGUGGGAGGAGGGGGCCAGGUCGGGCAAGGGGUACAAGCGGUUGAGGAUUCCGGUGCAAGCGGUCAAUGGUGGAGGCAACAGCAUCCAUCGUAUCACCAUCAUCAUCAUCAUCACCAACAUCAUCACCAUUACCAUCAUCAGGCCGGUUAUUAUACGUCGCAAUCGCACACUCACAACAACCCUGUAACGACCAUGAAGCAGUCUUACAUGCAGCUAACAUGGGUGUUUCAUGACGACGAGGCGCAGAUUAAUAAGAAACUGCCAAAAGAAUUGCUGCUUAGAAUUCUUUCGUAUCUCGACGUGGUAUCGCUAUGCCGGUGCGCGCAAGUAAGCAAAGCCUGGAACGUGUUGGCGCUCGACGGAUCCAAUUGGCAAAGAAUCGAUCUCUUCGAUUUCCAACGAGACGUGGAGGGACCAGUUAUAGAAAAUAUAUCGAGACGAUGCGGAGGUUUCCUAAAGCAGCUGUCUCUCAGGGGAUGCCAGAGCAUCGGAAACAAUUCGAUGCGCACGUUGGCUCAGUCGUGUACCAAUAUCGAGGAACUGAAUCUUAGCCAAUGUAAAAAGAUCUCAGACACUACCUGCGCCGCCCUAAGCAGCCACUGUUCGAAACUUCAACGACUAAACUUGGACUCGUGUCCCGAGAUAACGGACAUAUCCCUGAAGGAUCUCUCGAAUGGUUGUCCGCUUCUCACUCACAUCAAUCUGUCCUGGUGUGAGUUACUUACCGACAAGGGAGUCGAAGCGUUGGCGAGAGGUUGUCCGGAACUCCGUAGCUUUCUAUGCAAAGGCUGCCGACAGUUAACAGACAGGGCUGUCAAAUGUCUCGCCCGCUACUGCCACAAUUUGGAAGCGAUCAAUUUACACGAAUGCAGGAAUAUAACGGAUGACGCAGUCAGAGAACUCAGUGAACGAUGUCCACGAUUACAUUAUGUUUGCUUGUCGAAUUGUCCUAAUCUAACGGACGCGUCUUUGGUCACGCUGGCGGAACACUGUCCACUCCUUAGCGUGCUCGAAUGCGUGGCUUGCACUCAUUUCACCGACACGGGCUUUCAGGCUCUCGCCAAAAAUUGCAGACUACUAGAGAAGAUGGACCUGGAAGAGUGCGUUUUAAUAACAGACAUCACCCUCGUUCACCUGGCCAUGGGCUGUCCUGGAUUAGAGAAACUGAGUUUGUCUCACUGUGAAUUGAUCACCGACGAUGGCAUCCGACAGUUGGCCAUUUCGCCGUGCGCAGCGGAACAUCUGGCGGUGCUGGAAUUGGACAAUUGUCCCCUCAUCACAGAUGCUAGCCUCGAUCAUCUUCUACAGGCCUGCCACAAUCUCAAGCGCAUCGAGCUUUACGACUGUCAACUGAUCACCAGAGCUGGCAUACGUAGACUCAGAGCUCAUUUACCGAACAUUAAAGUCCACGCGUAUUUCGCGCCAGUGACACCGCCGCCAAGCGCAGGAGCAUCACGGCAGCGAUACUGCCGAUGCUGCGUCAUUCUGUGAUUUCGCAUAAAAAUGGCUCUGAUGCAAAUCGUUCGAUGUACCACGCUACCGGUGGACUUGUAAUUUCGAUGGUCGCCGAUACACGGCGAUCGUGGGACCUUCUCUCUUCCGGUUGCCAGACCGAGACUCUGGUUGCCAUUCGUCAACAGUGAGAACAAGCCUCGUCGGGAAUGAAAUCGCGAUUCCUUCGACAGAUAUACCAAUUCGACUCGCAACACACGCAACAAGUACAAAAGGACAGUACAUCACCGUCAUCUAACUAAUACACACACACAUACUCUUUCUCACACACACAUACAUACACACACAUCUACACACACACAAAACCACCAGCUGCUGCUGCAAUUGUUACUAAUGUGUCGCUGCUACUACCGCUCACUAUAAAACUGUUUCUAUCACCGCUGUUCGACACUGUACAACGGUGUACAAUGAUAUCGUUUCUACUGGAACUCUAUUGAGUUUCGAUAGUACGUGCUUUGCUAAUAAUCGCCGUCGUUUCAUCACGUGCGUAAGUAAGAUCAUUCGGCGAAGGAGAGGAAAAGAUAUUCUUGGAUUUAGUUGGCGGUCGUUUCGUUCCCGGAUUUCACACUUGUAGGGCAUCGAUUUUUCGAGAAGGUAAGAAACGAACGAAACAAAAAAGACAAAAAAAGGAAGCGGGACAACAAAGGACAAAGACGCUAAUAAUAUUGCGUACGACGAAGAGGACGAUGACGACGCGUGCGAUAGAGCGGGCAAUUUUUUUAUCCAAGCGACACAGUCCGCUCCUAUACGGGCAAACGCGAUCGUACGUAUCGAUCGAGAGCCUGAAAUUUUCGCGGUCGGAUGUUCCACGUGAAACAAAACGAUAAGCAUAUAUACAUACGUAUAUGUAUUAUAUACAUACAUAUAUACAUAUAUACAUAUAUUUUUUUAGUACGACGCAUUCUCUCUUCUGCUAAACGUUAAUCGUCAAAGAAAAAUGUACGCGCAAUCCGUUCCGGGUGGUAACGGCAUACAGCAUGCGUCCAGUGAUCUUUUCUCGAACUCGAAAAAGGGAACGAAAAGAACAAGGAAUGAUACGAAGGAGGGAAUGGAAAACGACGUCGCGUUAAAACGUGUUUCAAGCUGCGUAUAAAAGCCGUGCUAUUAUUCUAGACAUUCAAUUUCUAUCGAAGAUUCGUAUCUUUAUGUGUGUGUGUGUGUGUGUGCGUGGUGCGUGCGCGUGUGUAUGUGAGCGCACGCUUUCGUACGUGCAUAUGUAUGCGUGUGUGCGUGUUGCUGUAGCAGUUUCUCAAACGAACACUGCCUAUUAUAAAGUUAUUGAUAAAGAAAAAGAAGAAAGAGAAAAAAAGAAAAGAACACAAAGAAAACUCGACGAAGAAAAAAAAUGGUUUAAAAAAGAGAAAAAAAUAGAAAAGACAGGAAACUACCAAAAAACAGAGAGAGACAGAGAGAAAAGAGAAGAAGACACGCGAGAAUCGUAGAGGUGAUCGCAGGUUGUUUGAAUCUCACCGCGAAACCAUAGAUCGACCCGUGUACCGUCGUUCGUUUUAAACUAAAUACAUACACAUUGUUCGUGAAAACGGACGAUACGUGUUUCUGUCUACCAAAACCGAAAUUCUCGAUCUCGCACACGCGACUGGUAACUGCGACACCUACGAAUUUCUUUCUUUUCCUUUUAAUGAGACCGGCGUGCACAUCGCGAGAUUUAACGCAUCUAACGAGGACGGAAACGUGAAACUUAGAUGAAUCCGGCACGGUUGUUGACUUUCUUCUUGCUAGGAAAGAACCGAAGAGAAAACGACAAGAAAGAAAAGGAAGAAGAAGACAGGAGGGAAAGAAAGACAAAGAUGCGAUGAUCUGUCGUGUUCGAAGCUCCCAUCUAAUUACUGUUGGCGUCCGUUGGUAGUACGUUUAUGAUACAUUUUACAAGAACUCGCAGACAAACGGCUGAAUACAUGGACAACUGGUUCUGUUCGCGAGUCGCGCUUAUCGAGUCUCUAAUGUACUAUGUUCCACCUCCUAACGACCCAAACAUUCGUAUAUACAGCUUUUUAUUUUCUUUUUUUUCAUCUCCUUUCGUUUUAUUAUUAUUUUGUUCGUAUUUUAAUUCGUCAUGGACUAGGAGAGCACAGACUGAGAAAACGAAUCAAAACGUUGAUACGUUGAAUAACCCGAUUCACUUGGGCCCAGCGAUCGACUCGCUGGCGGAUUUUUACUUUUUAAGCUUAGUUUUACGGUAUGGUGGCAGUACGAGUACCGUGGACGUAUUACGCACGUGCCCGUGACUAUACGUCGUGGACGUGCCAGUACUAGGAAAUUCGUUUGCUUCGCGAUCUUCGAAUCGUGAGUACAUAUAGCUAUAUAACAUACGAGGAAAGAACGAGAAAGAGUCGGACUAAUUCGGAAUAAAACAAAAUAAAAAUGUAAAAAAAGAGGACAGAAUAGAACGGUACACGAAACAAAGAUGCAUUUGUUCCCGUUCGUUGGAAAAGGAAAAAAAAAGAGGAAGAAAGAUCGAGAUUAACAUUUGGUAGGAUAUUUGUCGUUUAGAAGUAUGGGUUUCAGGAUGGCAAAGCGUAUACCAUAAUAACAAUCAACUGGCGAAGAAAAUUUUGAUCACGUCUUCGUGUCGCGUGAAUAAUAGAACGAAGAAGAGGAAAGGAGCUUUUUUCGAUUAUGAGAAAAUUCUCAUGACAGAACAUUCAACUUUUAAUUCCAACAGCUGGAAGCAACGCGAAAACGACAGUCAAACGUUCGUAUUUUUCUCGCAUUAGUAGGCAGGAUGUCUGAUUGCUAUUACGAUGAAGGUUUUCGCGUUGCCUGAAUUGGCGGAAUGUUCGAUCGUUGAGACAAAACGAACUUAUAUGAAAAGGAACAAGUACGACGGUCCAUCCCAAAAUAUGCAAUAGAAUCGCCACGUGACGCACUCUAUUUUUCUUCUUCCCGUUGUUUCGACGAAUUUCGAGGAGCCAGCCAUGUACGUGAAUCGCGUGUCGUUGCGUCGAAUAAAAGAAUCGUAUAGAUGAUUGUUAAUCCUUGUUAGCGCGUAAGAACGUACACCGCAUAUAUAUUUAAUAUAUAGCGUGUAAACAGAAUACCGGAUAAAGGAACUAUAUAUAUAUAUAUAUAUAAAUGCAAAUAUACAAGAGGUAUAUAUAUUAACAAAAAAGGGAAAAAAUCCAGUAAAAAAUAAAUAUAUAGAUAUGAUAUGUUUUAUACGCUGCAUGUCAUCCUUAGUGAGAAAUAACGUGAUCAUCGUAAUGUGUCGUUCGGAAUCGAAUCAUUAAUUUUUUUCUUCUUUUUUUUUUUCUUUUUUUAAUUUUAGCGAUUGAACGAUGCACGAAGGGGAAUCAGCAGGAUAGGCUUCAACGCGAAAGAACAAACGAACAAUAACACCACUCUAUCACUCGCGGGUCUCGUUGAAGGAAUCUGUUGCGUUCUUUCGUCCACGAACUUAGUUGAAAUUUUCCGCAUAUUCGAUUAAUCGUGAAAAAAUAACACGCGAACGUACGCACGACUGUCGCUAGGCGCCUCGUUCGAUCGAGUUCGGCUCAAAAUAUGAAGUCAAUCGCAGUGCCUGAACCGCCGCAAAACUUGUAAAUUAUAUAAUCACGUAGUCGAAAUUCCACGAAUAAUUACUGUGUGGCGGGGGAUGUACAAGAUUUAAAAACUAAUAAUAAUGAAACGAAACAAAAGACUCUCAUAUGUGCCAGCCGCUAAGAAUUUUCGAGGGUCUCUCUCUUUCUCUCUCUCUCUCUUUGGCUGAAACGAAACUCGUCGAGCGCCCGACAGCCGUGCACCCACGCGCAAUUAUUUAACGAUGGACAUUCGGUGUAUCAACGAUUGUGAUACACCUGAAAUCUCUUUUAGUAUCGAAAAAUUAAAUACUUGGAGUAGACUCGAAGAAACCGCGAAAGAUCGAAAUAUUUUCUUUUAUGAAAUUCUUGGUAUAACGAUAUCGUGCACCGUGUAAAUAGUCAAAGUUAGCCGGGAACUUGUAUAUUUUGAAUACCAUUCGAAGCGUCAAGUAUUUUUCAACGUUUUCCGUGAAACAAUCCGUGCUACAAUUUUCGAAACUGAAAAUCGAAAAGAAUCGUCAGAUCUCAAGAACGUGGAAUACGUUUUAACCUUCUUUCUCUGUGUUAUACGAUAUUAUACAUUAUAUACGCGAACGUCUAUGCAUUUUUACGAUGUUACAGAUAGAAAACCUAGUCUCGAUACGGUAAGGCUACUAAAUUAUUCGCAUCGGUUAACCCGUUACACGGCAUUUAAUAAGAUUGCAAAAUUAUACGUACGGCUGGUUCGAUUCGGCGUAAGAAACGGGAAAAACAUUUGAAUGUCCAUCGCUGUUGCACGAUUUUUUAAAUAUAUUCCUUCAACGUAUUGAAAACCAGUUCAAAAUCGUCCGUGGCAAAGGAAAAAGAGAAAGUCAAACGGAUAAAACUAUCGAGAGGAAAAUGUAUAGUUUCUUAGUCAUUGUAAACGCUUGUGGAAACGUUAUUUUUAGUAAACGAUGGGUUGGUGAUCGAUGAUCGAGACUCGGUGACUUGAUGAUCGAUUACGAACGAUUCGCGACUCUAUGAAAUGAACGAAUCGUUAGUACAACAAAUUGCAUGUCGAAUAUAAUAGAAUCGAGUCCCGUUACGUGGAAACAUUACGAGACGUAAGAGCCUGUCGGGAAUCCUGUUGGUCGUGCAUUAGGAAAUCGCGGUCGAUUUUCGAAAGCGAUGUACGUUGGUGUUCAUUCGCGUUUGAAAUCGAAGAUUAUCGUAAUAAACGAACGAAACAUUGAAAAGAAGAAACAAAAGGGAACACGAAGAAGAAGAGGAAGGGAAAAAGAAUUGUUCACCGAUGGCAGUGUUGUAGUCUAUUGGUAUAAUAACACACAAUAUGUCGCCGUAAGAAAGAGAUCGUGUUGUAACGACGAUUGCAAAGAAUGAUGCAAAAGAAAGAAACGAACAGGAAGAGGGAAGAGGAAGGGUGAAAAGGAGAUGAAACGAAGCUUUUCAAGCUGAGUGAUCGAGCAAGUGUUUGGCUGUGCUGUAGAAUAGGAAAGAAACGUGAGAUUCGAGAGAAAGAAUGAGAGAAAGAGAGGGUGUGAACGAGAGAGAUAAAGAAUUCAGAUGUUAAUCGAAGCCAGCGAAAGUAUCAAAUGCUAUAGUACUAUAGUACUGUGUAUAUGUACAUACAUAUAUGUAUAUAUAUAUAUGUAGUAGUAUAAUACUAUAUAUAAAAUAAAAAAGAAACUCGAUCACGAUCGAGAUCCAUUCGGUUCACGGUUGAAAAAACAAAUUCUUAAAGAUAAGAGCGUAACGUAUUUAAUGGUCUACACGUGUCGGCCUAUACGUGCCUCCUAAAGUCACGACGAUCUCUGCUUCUUAUUAAAGAGAAACUUAAGGGAACGUCGCGAUAGCGUAUCGAAAAAGAAAAAAAAGAACAGUAAUUGUAACACGGAAAUUCGUGUGCGAAUACUGUAGCUGAUUAUACAUUGACAUUUCGCUGCUUCGACAAGCUACAGUCUACCAUGUAUAUAUUUUCAUUAAUGUAUGUAUAAUAAAAAGUAUAUUCGAGACAACGAUCGGCUCUGUUUAGUGUGCGCUGUCUUGUCAUUCUUCACGUGGGCUAUAUUAUGGUCGGAGAAUCGAUACACAUUUGGAAUCGAUCGAAACUGUUCCCGUUACGGAGAAUAUUUUUGGCUUCUGAAUAACAUAUAACAUAUAUAUUACCGCAAUGACGUAUUUCUUCUAGAAAUAAAUUUUAAAUGAACAAA